AGUUGUUCAUGCGAGUCCGUACAAGAACUUCAUUUGGGAAUUAGCCUAUUGAAAAUCUUCAAGCAAUGCAGAUAACAAGAGUUUAAAACGGCACACUUUGGUGUCUUGGAAAUAUAGUUAUGCAAUUACUAUGCCAUGGCAUCACCUGCUAGACUUCAAAUGUUACUUUCUUACUUGGGUUGUGUGCUUCUCUGAAACAGUAGAGAUGCGGUUGCUCUUUUUCGUGGCGCGCGGUCUCCCCCUCCAGCUCUGCUAGAUGAACCACGCCUCGCGCACACGGUUGGACGGCCAUAUUGACUGCAUUAGGUUCUUUCCUAGUGGUGGAACUUCACUGGUAACGGAGUAUAUCAGCAUCUAGGCACAGCGCUAGAGGACUAGCGGGGAUCAUAACGGCAGAAGGAAAGGCUGUUAGCCCGUUUAUUUCUUGGAUUAAACCCCUCUUUGUUCUGGGGGCAGAGCGUGAUCCGUUUUCAAGGCGCAGUUUUUCACUGAGGUGGUGAAGUCGAGUCGUCGUGCCGUCUGAAGACGGAAGACGAGUUCCUUUUGAUUUUCUGAAAGAGAGGGGAAGGGUGGAGAGGAGAGGAAGAUGCCGAAACCGAUCAAUGUGCGAGUCACCACCAUGGACGCAGAGCUGGAGUUCGCUAUCCAGCCGAACACCACCGGGAAACAGCUCUUUGACCAGGUGGUGAAGACGGUGGGGCUGAGGGAGGUGUGGUUCUUCGGCCUGCAGUACGUGGACAGCAAGGGCUACAGCACGUGGCUGAAACUCAACAAGAAGGUGACACAGCAGGACGUGAAGAAGGAGAACCCGCUCCAGUUCAAGUUCCGGGCCAAGUUCUUCCCUGAGGACGUGUCUGAGGAGCUGAUCCAGGAGAUCACCCAGCGCCUCUUCUUCCUGCAGGUAAAGGAGGCCAUCCUGAACGAUGAGAACUACUGCCCUCCUGAGACGGCAGUGCUGCUGGCCUCCUACUCCGUGCAGGCCAAAUACGCAGACUACAACCACGAGGUCCACAAGCCCGGCUACCUGGCCAACGACCGCCUGCUACCGCAGAGGGUUCUGGAGCAGCACAAACUCACCAAGGAGCAGUGGGAGGAGAGGAUCCAGACCUGGCACGAGGAGCACAGAGGCAUGCUCAGGGAGGACUCGAUGAUGGAGUACCUGAAGAUAGCGCAGGACCUGGAGAUGUAUGGAGUAAACUACUUUGAGAUCAAGAACAAGAAGGGAACGGAGCUGUGGCUGGGAGUGGACGCUCUGGGCCUCAACAUCUACGAGCACGACGACAAACUAACACCAAAGAUCGGCUUUCCCUGGAGUGAAAUCAGAAACAUAUCGUUCAGCGACAAGAAGUUUGUCAUCAAACCCAUUGACAAGAAAGCACCAGACUUUGUGUUCUACGCGCCGCGGUUGCGCAUUAAUAAGCGCAUCCUGGCGCUGUGCAUGGGGAACCACGAGCUGUACAUGCGCCGCAGGAAGCCCGACACCAUCGAGGUGCAGCAGAUGAAGGCCCAGGCCCGGGAGGAAAAGCACCAGAAACAGCUCGAGAGGGCACAGCUAGAGAAUGAGAAGAAGAAACGAGAGCAUGCGGAAAAAGAGAAGGAGAGAAUAGAGCGGGAGAAAGACGAGCUGAUGGAGCGUCUGCGGCAGAUAGAGGAGCAGACUCUAAAGGCACAGAGAGAUCUGGAGGAGCAGACGUGCAGGGCUCUGGAGCUGGAUCAGGUGAGAAAGCGAGCGCAGGAGGAGGCGGAGCGGCUGGAGCGGGAGAAGGAGGCUGCAGAAGAGGCCAAGUCUGCACUGGCCAAGCAGGCCGCAGACCAGAUGAAGAACCAGGAACAGCUGGCGGCUGAGCUGGGAGAAUUCACCGCCAAAAUCGCUCUGCUGGAGGAGGCCAAACGGAAGAAGGAGGAGGAAGCCACAGAUUGGCAGCAAAAAGCCAUUUCGGCUCAGGAGGACCUGGAGAAGACGAAGGAGGAGCUGAAGACGGUGAUGAGCGCCCCGCCCGCCCCCGGUCCGGCGGAGAACGAGCACGAUGAGCAGGACGAGAACAGCGCCGAGGCCAGUGCAGAGCUGUCCAACGAGGGCGUGAGCGACCUGCGCAGCGAGGAGGACCGGCUCACCGAGGCGCAGAAGAACGAGCGCGUCAAGAAGCAGCUGCAGGCCUUGAGCUCGGAGUUGGCAGAGGCCCGUGACGACACCAAGAAGACGCAGAACGACAUGCUGCACGCGGAAAACGUGAAGGCGGGGCGGGACAAGUACAAGACCCUCCGGCAAAUCCGUCAGGGCAACACCAAGCAGCGCAUCGACGAGUUUGAGUCCAUGUGAGGGGGGACGGCUUGCCCGGUUGUCACGGCGACUCGCUACUCAUCUCUGGCUGACCCUCCCCCCCCGGCUCAUCCUCCUGACCCUGGUGCCCACCCUACCCCAACCCCCCCACCCCAUGGAGGUUUGAGGGGUGCAGCGAACACUGUACUCCCUCCACGCCUUGCCAAAGCUCUGCCCUCCCAAUGGUCAGCCAAUCAGAUCUCUCAACACAUGCAGCUCUGCCCAACUACAUCUGGAAUUGUCCAAUCAGGAGGAAGCAAUACAUAUUAUCAGUAUAAAAACACUUCCUUGUAUCAGAAAGGAUAAUUCAAUGCUUGCAUGUUGGAUGUCAAAGUUUAAAAGAAAAAGGAAAAAAAUUGAAAGAAAUUGGAGAACAAAAUUGCUUUUAUUGAAAAUGGCCAUUCAUAGCUUUUUGUUGUUGCUGGUAAAUUUGUAUGUAAAGCUUUAUUAUCUUACUACUUCAGUUAAAAAAAGAAAAGAAAAAAAAAAGUCUUUACUUUUUAAAAGUUAUUAUUUUUGACUCUUAUUUUAAUCUCCUUUUAGUUUGUCCUUAAUUGUUAACUAUGAGGUUGAGUCACUGUGUCCUGGUUCAUGUGGUGAUUGAGUUUGAGUCUCCAUCGCCUCGACCAUGUUUGAGAAUACCAGAACAUACUCUGUGGUGGCUGGACCCUGGUUUGCUGGUUGGUGAGCGCUUGAUUACUCUUUGCCCAGAAUACAGACUUGUGCUUUUUGACGAAACCGGGAGUUGGAACCGGGACCUUUGUAACCACUGCAAUAUGAGCAUCAAUGUUUCUCACCACCAUCAUGUCUCUUUGUAAAUGAGCUAUAAUGUGAAUCUCAGCUUGAGCUUUUACGAUUCUCAGUGGAGUCUUCGUUUCUACCCGUACGAUCUGGGUGUCAAAGCAGUCACAGACCUAGCAACAUAAAAGCCCCUUCCAAGAGCCAGCUGCUAUCCUCAUGAGAUGUGUGUGACAGGCAGUACGAGAGAGAAUGAUGGUUUAUAUAGAUAAGAGCAGGCCACACAUGAAUUGGUAUUAGUGGUCUACUUUGCAUUCCUGUGAAUGAAUGUGCAGUGAUACUAAAUCCAAAGGGUGAAGCAGAUAUCUCCUGAGGUCAGAUAAUACUGCCCUUAUUUUGCCCACAUCAUAAUCCCUCAUCCUCACACAAUCAUCCAGCUGUCCGGUAUCACACCCCCUUCCAAUUUUCCACAACCCCUUACCCCCUCAGACCACAACCCCUUCCACCUCAUACCUACCACGACCCCUUCCACCUCAUACCUACCACAACCCCUUCCACAUCAUACCUACCCCAACCCUUUCCACCCCUGAGGAGACACCCUUCCCUUAAUACCACAGUCAUUUGUGUUUGAUGCCCAGUCAUCGUAGAUGGUUUUCUCUGCCUGCCUGCUCACGAAGGUCCUGGUGUCUGAGCUCUGUGAGCCCAGGGGUGUCUUCCUCGGACACACAGACAGACUGGCUAAUGAACUUCCUGUCUGAUAGGCAGGGCUUCAUUGGGCCACCCCAGCAGACCCAAGGCCUUUCUGGUGGGAGAGCAUAUGAAAACAUCAGUCCUGGGAAGAGGACAGCUCACUACCUCAUUUAUGUUAGAUGGUGACUGGCCAAGCAAACACUGUACAAACCACCUGUGCUCCCCCAACUUUAUCGCUGCAUUUGGAUUGGCGCAGCUGUUGGCUCUGGCCUGUUUUGCUUUGGCUUGGCCGUUGCUCUCUUUGUAACUCUAGACUCAAGGAUAUGUUGCCUCAUCUUGAUGAGCUUGGUUACUGGUGGUUGUAUUAAAGAUCAAGUUAAUUUCAUUCAAAACAUUGACUUUAAAAAAAAAAAUGAGGAGGGACAGUUUCAUAAGUGGCAAAGCCGCCACCUGGGGAGGACCCAUAGACUCGCUUGGUUGUUCCAGAAACGGUCAGAAUUUCAGGCUCCUGGGGCAGGGGAUUAUGAAAGUAUACAUAUUAGGAAUGGAUAUGGGUAGGUUUUAUUUUUAUUCUUUUGGUUUGUUUGUUUUUUUUCUUAUUUAAGGGGCAGUAUUCAAAAGCAGUGCGAUGUCAGCAUUUGGACAAUGUCACGGGCGGUGACUGUUGCUCAUUUCGACUGGCGGUUUGGCGCUUGAGGUGGACCUCAGGGCAUCGCCUCCGCGCUGGCAUGACGUCGUGCUGAUGUUGCUGUAGCAAAGCUGCAUGCCCUGGGUACGCAGGUUGAACUGGUUACUGCAGUGUUAUGAGAAUGUGGCUUCAGUUGGUGUGCUCCUCUCAGGAGAGUGGGUCUAAGGCUCUGGUUGAGGCAGUGAUGCUCGUUUUGUGCUGGCUGCUUUUUGGGAUUUUGCGUACCUUUACUAAGCUGUGUUUAAGGCUGCAUUUUUGUUUUGUUUUGAUGGUGCAUACGUGCAGUAGGGGAAUCCCCCUCUUCUCACCCAACUGCAUUGGAAAUUUUUCCUGAUUUUCGUUACAUUUCAUUCAUACAAAUAUGAGCAGAUUAUUUUGCACCCUUUUCUGCCUCCCUCAUAUCAUAUGAUGAGCCAUGGAAGGCUGCAUCUUUUGUUUUAAAAUUAAUUUGUUGUAGGGUUGAUGGGUUGACCCGUGUUACUUGGCACAGUGAUAUUGUCCUUAUUGGAGUGCUGCAGUGAUGAGCGAGGUUCCAUAAACUCAGUAUUGGAUGGAUUUGGCCAACCAAUGACUUUGAAAAAUCAACAUGCUCUGCUCUCCACAGCAAAAACACUUACGGAUGCACCAUCUUCUGUGGCCGUCGAACAGCUAUGACUCGUUUAUGUCGUCUAUAAUUCACCACUCGGACAACACGCCAGUCUGCAAUACAAGUGCUAUGUUGGCGAUGAUGACGAUGAUGUUGAAGAGCGCACAAUGGAGCAUCUUAAAUUCGUAGCCUGCAGUUGGACACCUUCAUCUCAGCCGCAGGUGCUCCUUCCACUUCUCACUGCUCUCCACUGCAGAAAAUGUUCCCUCCAGACUUGUGGUGAACUUCAGUCCUCCAGACGAAACUCUCGCACACAGACUCAUUCUGCUGCACUACUGCACGGUGGCAGGGUUGCACAAAAGAGGUGGUCCAAUGGCAGGAUCAAAAACCAGAGCUUGCCAGCUCUUCUGAACGGCAUGUCUGAUACAGAGAGGAAGGGAGAGAGAUGGAGGGCGGGUGAGAUCCAGGCCAAGCAGACCGUUCACCCAGCAGAGCCUGAGGUCUCGCUCUCCCUCCAGCAUGUUUCUCUGGGAUUGCCCUCCAUCUUAAAUCUGACAUUGAAGACAACAUAAAGUGAAAGCAGAGUGCAUGCUCUCCCCUUCCUCAAAAUAUGUUACCAUAUGCUUGGUUUUUCUUUUUUUUUGUUAUUUUGUUUUGUAAUUGUGAUUUUUGAUUAUGAUUUGAUCAUGCUGCGACUGGUGACGAGUGUUGGAGACAGGUGGCAGUGGGUCACCGUGGCAAUUGGGCGUGGCAGCACAGUGCUCCAGCACCACUCCGACGGGGCGCUCUGCGGCCUGCAAUGCGUCACCUUCAGGACCCCUGCAGGCGUCCCUCAGAUUGCCAUAAGUUAAAUACUGUGCUUCCAACUGGUUGCUUUCUGGGGAAAUAAUAUUGAGAUGUCUGGCUGCACUAAAAAUGCAUAAGGUCUCAGUCGAGGUUUUAAACUCAACAGGGAAAUGGUGGGUUUUUGGGUUUUGGCGGAAACUGCUUUUUUGGUAUAACAGGAAAAUCUCCAGAUAAGCAAAAAUUAGAGAAUGUAAGUAAUGGAGACAUUUUUUUGUCUCUCCUUUUGUUCCUAGGGAACCCCCGCUCAGAGACAGGGCAAAAUUGGACUGGUGUCCAUUUUCGCUCAACAGAUAUGAGAUUAAAGCCUCCAAAAGGGGAACUUUCUACAUUAGGUCAUGUUUGCUAUUCAUACUUUUCUGUUCAUGCAUUUCUCUUACUACAUAAACAGCAUAAUGGAGUUAAUCCAUUAACUGAUUGAGUGAGCUCUUUUUCUAAGCAGGGAAAAUAUUCUCAUUUUACAUCUUUAUUUAUUUUAUUUUAUUUUAAUUUUUUUUUGGUUGGUUGGUUUUCUUCUGUUUCGGGGGAAGGAGGGGUGCAGAGAGCAAUAAAUAGUUUUAAAUUUCAAAUGGCUUCUCGUGCUCCCUCUGGCCGCCUCAAAGCAACAUGUUUGUCUUGUAUGAUCAGUCGUAACAUUUUGAACAACGUCCGCUGGUUAACAAUAAAGGUAUCGAAAUUAA